GAGCUCCGGGAAGGGGCCAUAUUGGAUCCAUUCAGCCGCAGCCACUCGCGGCGGGCAGCGGCGGCAGCCGGAGCCGCGCCAGCCCGGCCAUGGCCGCCACCGACCUGGAGCGCUUCUCGAAUGAAGAGAAGAGGAACCUUUCCCUGGGGGGCCAUGUGGGCUUCGACAGCCUCCCGGAUCAGCUGGUCAGCAAGUCUGUCACACAAGGCUUCAGCUUCAACAUCCUCUGUGUGGGUGAGACUGGCAUUGGGAAGUCCACGCUGAUGAACACCCUCUUCAACACCACCUUUGAGACGGAGGAGGCCAGUCACUACGAGAGCGCCGUUCGCUUGCGGCCGCGCACCUACGACCUGCAGGAGAGCAACGUGCACCUGAAGCUGACCAUCGUGGAUGCAGUUGGAUUUGGGGAUCAGAUAAAUAAGGACGAAAGUUACAGGCCAAUCGUAGAGUACAUUGAUACGCAGUUUGAGAACUAUUUGCAAGAAGAGCUGAAAAUCCGCCGGUCUCUCUUCAACUACCACGACACGAGGAUCCACGUCUGCCUCUACUUCAUCACCCCCACCGGCCACUCGCUCAAGUCCUUGGACCUGGUGACAAUGAAGAAGCUGGAUAGCAAGGUGAACAUCAUCCCCAUCAUUGCCAAAGCAGACACCAUCUCCAAGAGCGAGCUGCACAAGUUCAAGAUCAAGAUCAUGAGCGAGCUGGUCAGCAAUGGGGUGCAGAUCUACCAGUUCCCCACGGACGACGAGGCAGUGGCUGAGAUCAACUCUGUGAUGAAUGCUCAUCUGCCCUUUGCUGUGGUCGGCAGCACGGAGGAGGUGAAGGUUGGGAACAAGCUGGUGCGAGCUCGGCAGUACCCCUGGGGAGUGGUGCAAGUGGAGAAUGAGAGUCACUGUGACUUUGUGAAGCUGCGGGAGAUGCUGAUCCGGGUGAACAUGGAGGAUCUGCGCGAGCAGACCCACACCCGCCACUACGAGCUCUACCGGAGGUGCAAGCUGGAGGAGAUGGGUUUCAAGGACACAGACCCAGACAACCAGCCCUUCAGCCUCCAAGAAACAUACGAGACCAAGAGGAAAGAGUUCUUGGGUGAGCUCCAGAGGAAAGAGGAAGAAAUGAGACAAAUGUUUGUUAACAAAGUCAAGGAGACAGAGGCAGAGCUGAAGGAGAAGGAGAGAGAGCUGCAUGAGAAGUUUGAGCACUUGAAAAGAAUACACCAGGAAGAGAAAAGGAAGGUGGAGGAGAAGAGGAAGGAACUGGAGGACGAGAUGAACGCCUUCAACAGGCGGAAAGUGGCAGUGGAAACCUUGCAGUCCCAAUCCUUGCAGGCUACCUCACAGCAGCCGCUGAAGAAGGACAAAGACAAGAAAAACUUCUUUAGUCUUCCCAGUGCGUACUCCAUAACAACAGGAAGAUAUGUUAAUUAGAAGAUUUAUUAAGGCCAAAACAUCUCAUGCAGAAGAAAUUAAUUGGUGCUUACACCUUUAAGCUUGCAAUAUAUUGCACAGAAGAGAAUAUGUAGCAAGGACUAAAAUUCACCGUGUCUUUUGAUGGGGAAAAGUUUGCUAAAUCAGGUUUCUUGGUAAAGUUGAAAUCCAAGAUACUUGCCAAAAGGUAAACUGCUAAUUCACACUGCUGCACAGCUGGCACUAAAUCCAGAAUGCUUAUUUUGGGGCUCUUAGCCCAAGGGGGUUAACACUGACUGACUCCAGAGGUGAGGGACAAAGCUGGGGUACUGUGAGGAGCUUUCAGCUUUGCUGCUCGAGCUGCUGCUGUAACAGGGUCCUGCAGGUCCUCUCCUCAGGUUUUGGGGUGUAACUGGGGAACCUGAUGUCCCUAACCUGACAUCCCUAAUCUUUCAGCUGGAUUCUGACCUUUCAUAACAAUAACUCUUCUGUGCAUCUUGCUUCUGUAUACUUACAGGUUUUAUAACCAAAACACCCCGACCUUCAUCUCUUUUAGUUUUCUGAGGGCUGCACGUGGUGCCUCACACCGUAACCCCUUCCCCAGAGCUCCCUGCCCACCUCCCAUCUGCUGCUUUGGGGCCAGGUAACCCUGCCUGGCCAGCCCACGCUCUGCUCGUCCUGCUGGGAUGUGAUGGGUGAGAAGGGAGCCAUGUUAAAGCACAACUAAAUGUUAUUUAUUAAUGGAGGAGAAAUGGUUUAAAGCUGGAGACUCAGUGUUCCUGGUGCAAGUUCUGUGUUUGUAACAGACUGACUUCCCCUUACACAAACACUUUUCUUUAAAAAAAGGAAAGGGGAAAAACAAAGUGUGAUGUCUGUGCCCCAGUAACUUCACACAGGAACAGGGAGAGGCCCCAGUUUAUCUUUGUUUUAAACAACCUUGUAAAUGAACCUCAGGAAUGACCUGUACCAAAGCUGGGUUUAAUAAAAACAAAACUGACUUGUUUAACAAACAUCUGUUAAAACCAUGGUUUGUACACCAGGUAUAACCAGAACGAUGUCCUCUGUCCCUCUGUGAUCCCAGUUUCCCCUCAUUAACCCCGUUGCCCUCUGAUUAAAAUGUGAUGUCCCCUGUGCACCCCGUGUCUUGGCAGCUGCUGUCCCCAGUCUCCCUCCCUUUUUCCCGACUGCAGCUUUCCCCACUGUCCCAGGGCUGAGAGGGUAGGAGUGCCCAAAAUCCAGUCUUUGGCAGGAGGGUUGAAAAAGUCUCACCCUGUGCCCCUGCCUCAUGCUGGUGGUGACCACAGUGGGACAAGGGCUGAGAAGGGGCAGUGUGGGUGUGUGACAGGGGCCCUCCGAGGCUCCCAGGGUGGACACAGUGUCUGUAACCCCCCAGAGACAGAGAGGCUGGUGUGGAGGUACUGACUGCCCCAGGCACUGAGAGCCUGGCCCUAGGGUGUGUGACAAGUGACAGUCUAAACCCUCUGGAUGCCCUUAGCCUAAGCCAGAACUGGGAAACAGACUGCAGCUGUAGCAGGUAUGUGGCCUGAAAGGGACUCAACGGGACAGGUGGAGAAGCUGUGGAGACUGCUGCCACUGCAGGCAGGAGGGGUGGAACCCCACAACAAACAUGUUCAGCCCAUGUUCUUCACCCCUGCCUGUCCCCGCUGCCACAGUGGCAGGGAUGUGGCACCACUUGUGCCAGGGGAAGUGGGACCAGGUGGGGAGCACCAGGGCCUGACUCAGCUGUGGCUUGGGGGCCACGAGUUCAGAGCUGGAAGUCUGCUCAGGGGGACUCUGUCUGUCCUCACGUCUGUGGUGCCCUGCAUGGAAUGUGGGAAGGCUGAAGCUGUGUGUGACCAUCAGCCUGAGCUAUGGUACAGCCUCUGCUGCUGCUUUGAGGACUGUUUUAAACUUGCUUGUGUUCUCUUUUGAGGCUGCCACUCUAAUUCCUUUGGCAAAGCUUUCAUCCUGCUUGGAGCUUUUGUCAAGUUAGAUUCCCAGCAGGAUAGGUGAAUUGGGAAUAGAAGCUUUCUGUUCUUUUUCCAAAUUGCUCAGAUUUGAUUAAGUUCUGUUUGUCAUGACCAUAGUUCAGUCACCAGGGGGAUUCCAGUUGCACAUCUUGCUGAGGAGGAAUGGGAGGGGGCUCUGAGAACUGCCAGAAGUUAAUGCAUCUCUCCAUCUCAGUGCACUUUUCUGCUUUCCUAAAGAAUUGAACUGUAAGUACUGCUCAAAUUCAAUUUAACACCAAAGUCAAUUAGCAGGAGAAAAAAAAAACAACUGCACAGCUGCAAUGCCACAAAUGAGGUAUAACUAUUGCAUUAUGCUUCCUUUCCAGUUUUCUUGUCUCUUGGUCAGUUCUCUGACCACAGGAGUUUAUUUGUGCAACUGUGUAAAUGAACUCUUCUCCUAGGUCAUCACACACCCUCCACAAUUAGUGACAGUGAGUCAGGUUUAUUGGCAGAAACACCCCAGUGAGUGCUGUCCUGGAAUGGGGCAGCUCCCUCCUCACCUGCAGGGGAUCCUGGUGACUGCAUGAGCUGUGACAUGGCUCCUUCAGCUGGGGGUUAUGAAUGGGGGACAUUGUGGUGGGUGGGAGGAUCUCAAAUGCUUUGCUGUUUCUGUAGGUGGUUUAAAACAGCCUCAGAAAACAGUUGUCUGUGUGCUUACCAUAGGGGAUUUCAGGUGUAAUUGCAGCUUUGUUUACAAGGUGGUGGUAGCUUCAGGCAUCUGGAAAUCUGGUCUGAAUUGAGGCAACAACAAGAAGAGCCUGGGUUUGGGAGGUAUGCCUCACCUGGGCUGAGAUCCCCCAAGGGAAGGGACCUUACCAGGUCAGAGCUCUUUGAAAAUACUUUAUAAGCAUUCUCUGUAGUUUUUCUGGGAGUGAAUAUUCCCCAAAACAACAGAGCUAGCCAUAACCACAUCAGACCUGUGCCAGCACUCUGAAUCUGGCACAUUUUCACCAGUAACUGGUGUGUAGCAAAUGGGAUCUGCAGUGGUGAGUUGAGCUGCAGCUGGAAUAAACUUGUGUUGUACACACAGUCCAAACAGGUAGGCACACAGGUAAGCUGUCAUCCUCUCUGAAACUCAGUGGGCAAAGUAAUUAUUGUUGACACUGCUGUGUGUGGGGAGUGUUCAUCUUGUCACUCAUUACUUGUCCAGGCAGGGAGGGGAAAGGUGUUAAAGCUUCUCACCCUGUUCUGUGAGAAAAAAAAAAAGAGAAUUGGUGCUAUUCUCACUAUCCAAAAAGCUCCUUCUGUGGCAAGAAUGGUCCUGUGCAAGAGCAGCUCCUUCCUGUACCUGGUAGCUCAUUCUCUGGGGAGGAAGCUCCAUUCUGAGCAAUGGCAGAAUGAAAAGGUAAGUGACAAUUUUAGCCUGUUGGAGCCAAGACAGAAGUAUUUGUUCCUUCAUGGUAACUACAGUGCUGGAAUAGGUGUGUGGCAGGGAGCUGUGCUGCCAGAGAAGCAGCAGUGUGUCCUGGGAGCACAGGCAGGCUCCAGGUGAACCGUUCCCAUCCCAGUGUGGCAUCUUGCACCCUGACUGGUAACACAGAGCCCUGGAGGGCCUUCCAGCACUGCUUUUAUCUUUUAGAAUUAACCCCUGUUAAUGUUUACUUUUGCAUGUUGAUCAUAGAGAUCCGCAGAGAUUUUGAAAAGCAGGUUUGUUCAUGGGUUUUAACACAUCAUCCAGCUGCAGGCAGGAACUGUAUCCAUAGGCUCACAGCUGUGGGGGGAAAACACCAGGUUAGGAUUGUUGUGGUGUAGAGUUACAGCAUGUUAAUUACUGUGUGCAGAACUCUGCUGCUGGCAUUUCCACGGGUACACACAGCUGGUGACAAUGCUUGGGAUAGGGCAAAGGGAUGGGAGGGAAGCAGAGCCCAUCACACAGGCCAGAUUUCUGCAGGGCUUGGUGUGGGCAUCACCUUUCAGCUGGGCUAUUCCAGGGUCACAGCGAACAGGCAGACCAAGCUGAUAUUUUAUUUAGUGGAAACUAUAAAAGACAACUCACCUCCUUCCAAAAGCCAGGCAGUCAACUCACAGCUUGUGAGAGAAAAGGAAGGCACUGCUCAGGAGGAGGGAAGACCCUGCCAUUAAAUGAGAACCUUCCCUGUGGUAGCAGAAAUAAAUAUCAUGUUCCAAGCAUGCUGCUGCCUCUCCCCUGAGUAUGUGGGGACCUCACAAACCUCUUGUGGUCUAAACCAGCCCCAAGUCCUGCUCCUGCAGCAUCUCAGGCCUGGGCAGGGCCCCCUCUCAGCACAGCAUCCACAGCUUGAGGUAGCUUUGACCUGGCUCAGGGGAGUUCUGUGGCUUUCACUGCUGGUUCAAGUCGUAUCUGUUCACACAGGUUAUUUGCACUAAGUCUCCAUUACUGGAUGCUACAGGAACACUUGGGGGCUUCCUUUGUGGUUUCCAGAGCUGCAUGGCUUUCUCCCUGCACACACAGAGCUCACUCUGGAAAAUUUAACACUUGAGAAAGUGUGAACAGCUGCUCAGCACAUCAGUCCUGCAUGGCUGGUGCAGGAAUUCCUCUCCUACAAGAUAAGAUAAUGAAGAAAAGGAGAAGGCCAGAAAUAUUCUUCUUGCACUGAUGAGUUCUGUAGUUGCACAGCACUAUCUCCUUGUUCCUGUCCCAUCUCUGUCUCCAAGUUAUUUAUCCCAUGUCAUUGCUCAGUAUUUAGCCUGUGCCAGUCCAUAUGAACCCCGCUCCUGUUCUGUGACAGGAUGGCAGGUAUGGUGCUGUUACCCAUCCCCUACUGGCUGGAUUAUACCCUCAAACUAGGGUAACAAUCACCUAAAAAUGCCUAUUGUUUAAAACAAAAACACUAAUUUUGAAAGGAUUUGUGAAACUGGUUUUUAAAAGUGCAAGACUGGUUUUAUCUGACCUUUGUAAAACCACUUUGCUAUGAAGAUUAAGCAAUUUGUAAGAAAUAAUGUGGUUGUAGUGGUGGGGGGGAAUUAUUAAAGGCAUUUUAUUUUUUCUAGUCUGGUAAGACAGAAUAAAUUU